CAGAAGCCUCGAUGAUGCACAUCCUCGAGAUGAAAGCAAAACGGAGAGGCAGCAGUCUUUCCUGUUUGUUGAGAACAUUCGAAAAAUUGAACUGAAACCCGAGUCGCCAGAAAAUGGUUCACUGCAUCCUUACUUUAAGAGCAUUGUAAAUGUAUCACCCACGCGAACAGAUGUUCAAGGCCUCAUCGUACUCCCAGCUGAAAGCUCGACAGUUAUGACCUGAAACUCGCGUACAAGAAUCAAGAGCUCAAGCAGACGAGCCUGAGCAAUGCUUGCAGACUGUUGAUAGUUCAGCUGCCAAAGACGACAGUAGGAGCCAGCUCAAGAGGAAGCACCUUUCAUCACGGAGUUCCAGCUCCUCAACCUGCUCAGAGAAUGACGAAGGACUUGGGCUGCCGCCACUGAUCUCUCGCGACCUCUGGACCUCCACAGGUCCGAGGAAAUCACCGGAACCGCGUAGCCGUGCCGAAAAGCAUGCCCACAACAAGUCUGCUCGCUCUCAGAAUGCAAAAUAUAAGCGUUUCAUGAAAGAAGUGUUUCCCGAGAUUAUGAAGGGAAACAACCCGUGGGCCUGGUCGAGACUGCCCGCUGCACCAAGUAGCUCAAAACUCUUGCAGGCCUAUCGCUCACCCAGUACGAGCCCGCUUGUAAAGGCCACUGAGGCAAGGUUUGGCAGCCACGGUGCUCACUGUGAAGGAGCAGCUGUUGAAAAGAAAAGCUUCUGGUCUGCGCCGAUACCACUAAACCCUCAACGUUCCGAAACUGACAAGAACGCUGGGCCAGCAGAUAGAGUCGUGUUUAAUGGAACGGGAACAUUGAAGUACAGAAUUGGUUUGCGCAAGAAGGGUGCGAGAGCUGCGAAACGUCUCAAGAAAUCUCGGCACGAUGCAGUUCUUGCAGAGGUGGGAAAAGAGAGACCUGCGUGGCGGGAAACUGUAAAAAGUCUCAGAGCUGCAGAGCGUCCUUGUGAGACACAGAGGAGCGAGUCCUGUAUGUCAAAAACCUCAUCCGUCCGCGACUCUCCUAUUGAAACUUUCAAGCCCAGGAGCAAUUUCUGGCUGAGUCCAGGGAGGUAUUCGAGUAAAACCACACGGUGUGGUGAAGGUCUGAUGUCAGCACUAAAGUUUGAUAAAGAGGGAACUCUACCCAAACUGCCUGAAGCUAGAACUGAGCUUUCAAACAAGAUUGGUGGAGAGAAGGAUGAAGAUGCGUGGAUUGGGUCUUUGUGGAGGCAAAAGCAGGACGCGCUCGUAUGUACUGCAGCGGCCAAGUCCACAAAGGCUGCUUCAACUAUUCGUCAGAGUCACGAGAUCUCUGAGCUGCCUGUGCUUGACAGGCACAGCAAGGAGCCCUCCAAACCACUUAAAGAAACGAAAGAUUCCACUGCACAGACAAGUGUCCAACAUGAAACAAAGGAUGCUGUUGCACAGACAUCAUUUAUAUGUAUGGUCGGAAAGAGCUUCAAGGUGGAUAUGGAAUCAAGGGAACACUUGCGGCAAGGCUUUCUUGCAUUGGAGGAGCAGGUGGAAUUCAUGGACAUGCCUCUAGGACAAGCCGGCGGCGUUUCCGGGAUUACCUUUGGUCACUAUUUUUGUACACAUGCUGGCGCCUUGGGCAUUAUGAGAUUGAGCCCAAAUAGUGAGAAACCAUUGGCUGUCAACAAUGACAGUGAUAUGUGGCUGUAUGCUCUUGAAUCUGGAGUGAACAUAACCACAAUAGGAGCAACCUGGUUGGUCCUUCCGAAACGAGCUGCCUUCUACAUCUGCCGAGGAUUGCCUUAUACACUGAGAAAUCUGGGCCUGAAAACCUGCAGCAUCCUUUAUAUUCUUACAGAAGGGUGGAAGCCCAAUUGAGUGUCAUAGUCUUUUUUUUUUUUCGCAAAACUUUUUUUCGUCCUUUAAAAUUUUUUUUUGAAGUCACAAUUAAAAGAGACUUUUUAGAUGUUUUUUUUGUGUCACAAGGUUGUUCACUUUUAAUUUUAAUAAUUGACAACCUUUUAUGUAUAAAGACAUGUUCAAAUUAACAUUUUUAUGGGCCAAAUGUUCAAAUUUGCAAGCCAUGUACAUACUUCUCACUGUACAAAGUUUUGCUAAUGUUUGAUGUUUUGUUAGAGUUGUAUCAUGCCUGCAUUUUCAGCGUCAUGUUGUAUGUACAGUGUUGCACUAAUUACCUUGAAGAAAAAAUAUAUUUUUUGCAAUGUGUGCCCUCUUCACAAAAA